CUAUCUAUAUUUUUGUGUAUCGUCGUUAAAUUUGCAGCCAUAACCCUGGGACGUCUCGGCAUAAACUGUAGCGCCGAAGUGGCUCCGUAUCUGGCACAAUUCAUUCGAGGAUGGUGUUUGGCGUUGAGGAAUAUAAGGGAUAACGAGGAGAAGGAGAGUGCUUUCCGUGGUCUGUGCAUCAUGAUCAACGUGAAUCCGGCCGGGGUGCUGGGGGAGUUUAUAUUCUUGUGCGAUGCGAUAGCCUCUUGGAAUCAUCCACAGCCAGAUCUGAAGAUGAUGUUCUCGAGGGUUUGUUUUCGCUUGAUUUAUUGA